AUGGAGAAUGGUUCGGCCAUGUCGAAGCGGUUGGAUGCUUUUGACGAACUUGUUGUCGUCCUUCAGACAUUUGAAACGCCGUUCGAUGACUCUCGGCAGCGAGGAAAGCUGCUUAGCAGUCUACCGACGGAGUAUGAGCUCAUCUUGUCAAUUGUGGAGAAUUCUAAGGACAUCACACUCAUUAAUGUCAAGGAAGAACUGCUAAAGGAGGGUGAACAAUCGCAAAGGAAUGAGACGACGGAGACGGUGUUUCCGGUAGGCAGAAACGGUAGACGGUUCAAGGGAGGCCUAGGAAGCGGCCGCAAGGGAAACUAUCUACGAAAAAAACCACGCUGGAAUCAAAGGCAUGUGCUUUAA